AUGCACAUAUCGACCAUCAAGGAUGUAGUGACCUAUGAGGAUGUGCAUGUAAACUUCACCAAGGAAGAGUGGGUUUUGCUGGAUCCUUCUCAGAAGAGUCUCUACAAAGAUGUGAUGCUGGAGACAUAUGGGAAUCUCACUGCUAUAGGCUACAUUUGGGAAGACCAUAAAAUUGAAGAACAUUUUCAAAAAUCCAGAAGUCAUGGAAGAAGAACACAUACAGGAGAGAAACCUUAUGAAUGUAAUCAAUGUGGUAAAGCCUUUGCACGAAGCAGUGCUCUCCAGUAUCAUAGAAGAACACAUACAGGAGAGAAACCCUAUGGAUAUAGUCAAUGUGGUAAAGACUUAACAGGAAGGAGUGGUAACCAAUAUCAUAAAAGAACACAUACAGGAGAGAACCUUGGAUCUAACAAAUGUGGCAACACUUUUUAAUGAAGCAUUGGUCUCGAAACAUAGAAAAGAACACAUUCAGGAAAGAAAUUUGAUCACUGUAAUCAAUGUGUUAAGUGUAAUUAACAUCAAAGUCAUCAUUAAAACAUGAAAGAACACAUACUGUAGAGAAGUCCUCUGAAAGUAACUACUAUGGCAAAGGCUUUGCACCAAACAUUCAUCCCCUGACACUUAAAAGAAUACUCCCUGGAGAGAAGCACUGUGAAUUUAAGAAAUUUGUCAAUAAUUUUACAAGUCACAAUACUCUGCAAGAACGUUAAAGAAGAUAUGUGCAAGAGAAAUCCUAUGAGUAUCAUCAGUGGGAUAAAGCCCUGAACAUUUCAAUCAUCCUCAGAUGCAUAGAGAAGACAUGGAUGAAACUAUGGAUGUAGUCAGAGUGGUAAAAGCUUUUCCUGUAAAAUUGGUCUCAUGUGUCUUCAAAAAAAAACCCUCAAAAAUUAGAGAAAUCCUAUGUAUGUUAGCAAUGUGGCAAUUCUUUUACAUAUCCUGUUUGUCUUUGAAUAUGUAACUGAACAGUUUAUGGAGUCAAAUCUUAUAAAUGUAAACAAUGAGGUAAAGCCUGUCUAUGUUUUUCAUAUUCAGUUGCACUAAAUAAACUGUGAUGU